UUCAAGAAGGACGCUGCUUGCAGAAGUGCCUUUCUGAUGACAUACUGCAUGGCUCCAUAAAACUAAAUCACAAGAUCCUGAUAAUUUUGAGGGUGGGAAUUAAAAGAGGGACCGAAAAAAGGCACAAGAAGCUACUAUUUAUAGAACUCAUACGAUCUAACAAUGGCAGAAGCCCAUCAAGCAGUUGCGUUUCAGUUCACUGUAACCCCGGAAGGGAUUGAUCUGCGUAUGAGCCAUGAAGCUCUCAGGCAGAUCUAUCUAUCUGGCCUCUAUUCUUGGAAGAAGAAGUUCAUCAGAUUCAAGAAUGGCAUAAUCACAGGAGUCUAUCCUGCUAGCCCAUCUAGUUGGCUUAUUGUAGUGGUAGGAGUUAUGUCAACAAUGUAUGCCAAAAUAGAUCCUUCACUGGGAUUAAUAGCUAAAAUCAACCGGACCCUUGAUACAACAGGCUAUAUGUCCAACCAAACACAGAAUGUUGUCAGUGGGAUUCUCUUUGGGACAGGGCUCUGGGUGGCCCUUAUUUUCACAAUGCGCUACACACUAAAGAUGCUGCUUUCCUACCAUGGGUGGGUGUUUGCUGAACAUGGCAAACUUUCUCCAGGAAUCAAGCUAUGGAUGGCACUGGUGAAACUUUUCUCAGGUCACAAACCUAUGCUGUACAGUUUUCAGACAUCUUUGCCACGUCUUCCUGUUCCAGCUGUUAAAGAUACUGUAAAUAGGUAUUUGGAGUCAGUUCGACCACUUAUGAAUGAUGAAGAGUUUACAAGAAUGGAAGCUCUUGGCAAAGAUUUUUCCGUUAACUUGGGACCAAAGUUACAGUGGUAUUUGAAAGUGAAAUCUUGGUGGGCUACAAACUAUGUUAGUGAUUGGUGGGAAGAAUACAUUUACCUUCGAGGACGUGGUCCUAUUAUGGUAAACAGUAAUUAUUUUGCAAUGGACUUCUUGUAUUUUACUCCCACCACCGUGCAGGCAGCUAGAGCUGGGAAUGCUAUCCAUUCUAUCUUAUUGUAUAGAAGAAAACUGGACAGACAACAAAUCAAGCCAAUUCUUCUGAUGGGAUCCACUGUUCCACUCUGCUCAGCUCAGUGGGAGAGGCUGUUUAAUACCUCCCGUAUUCCAGGAGAGGAAACAGACACUAUCCAGCAUAUAAAAGACAGCAAACACGUUGUUGUGUUCCAUAAGGGAUGCUAUUACAAAGUAUGGCUGUACUAUGAUGGCAGACCACUGAAACCCCGGGAAAUCGAACAGCAGAUGCAGUGGAUUUUGGAUGACAAAUCAGAGCCUCAGCCAGGCGAAGAGAAGUUAGCUGCCCUGACUGCAGGAGACAGAGUUCCUUGGGCUAAAGCUCGCCAGACUUAUUUUGCACGUGGAAAGAACAAGCAGUCUUUGGAUGCUAUUGAGAAGGCAGCUUUCUUUGUGACUUUGGAUGACACUGCUCAGGGUUACAGGGAAGAAGAUCCAGUGGCAUCAAUGGACGCUUAUGCAAAGUCACUUCUGCAUGGCAAAUGCUAUGACAGGUGGUUUGACAAAUCAUUCACUCUUGUAGUGUUCAGGAAUGGUAAAUUGGGCCUGAACAGUGAACACUCUUGGGCAGAUGCUCCCAUUGUUGGACAUCUUUGGGAGAAUGUCAUGCAUUCUGACUGUCUUGAACUGGGUUAUACAGAAGAUGGGCAUUGCAAAGGAGAAGCCACUUUAGGAAUUCUUAUGCCUACCAGGCUGCAGUGGGAAAUCCCUGAAGAAUGCCAAGAAGUGAUUGAGGGAUCCUUGGCUGUUGCAGAGCCUCUAGCAAAUGAUGUGGAUUUUCAUUCAUUUCCUUUCAAUACAUUUGGGAAAGGAUUAAUGAAGAAAACAAAAACAAGUCCAGAUGCAUUUGUGCAACUUGCCCUGCAGCUUGCUCACUACCGGGACAUGGGAAAAUUUUGUUUAACAUAUGAAGCAUCUAUGACCCGGCUAUUCAGAGAAGGUAGAACAGAAACAGUUCGUUCAUGUACUGUCCAGUCAUGCAAAUUUGUGAAAGCUAUGGAAGACUCAUCUGAAAGUCUUGAAAAAAAGCGUGCACUAUUCAAGGCAGCUGCUGCUAAACAUCAGCACUUGUAUCGUCUUGCCAUGACUGGUUCAGGCAUUGAUCGCCAUCUUUUCUGCCUUUAUGUGGUGUCUAAAUACCUUGCUGUUGAAUCUCCUUUUCUUAAGGAAGUUUUAGCAGAACCCUGGAGACUUUCAACUAGUCAGACACCCCAACAGCAUAUUGAUUUGCAAAAGAAUCCUGGAAUGGAGUCCAGUGGUGGAGGAUUUGGACCUGUUGCUGAUGAUGGCUAUGGUGUGUCUUAUAUAAUUGUGGGUGAGGAUCUCAUCAAUUUCCAUGUAUCCAGCAAAUAUUCUUGCCCUGAAACAGAUUCCUGUCGGUUUGGAAAAAACCUCAAACAAGCAUUGUGUGACAUCCGUGACUUGUUCGGUCAUGGCAAAAACUCUACCAAAUGAAUUCCCAAGUCAUCUGAUCCCCCUGUCUUGGAGUCUUCUGAUUAGUGACUGAAAACAAGUCAUGCUAAACAUCAAUCCAUUCAGAUGUAUAUAAACAAGCUUUCUUGUGCACUGUUCAGAUUCACUGCUGCAGUUGUUCAGAAAAGUAUUCUUUGCCGGAAGAGAUGGCUCUUGAUAUUCUCUGUAUUUGUAGGACAGUUGAAAUGCUUGUCUUAAUUUGCCACUCAAUCAUUUCUUUAAAAUAUGUCUACUUGUAUUCUACAAAUUAAGGGAUGAAAUUUGUGUAUUCCAAUUUCAUGUCAUCAAAGGCUUCGAACAUGAAAUGUAACAGGCCAUCAAUUUAUCUAUUUACUGCUACAUUUACCAGUGACAACUUAGGGCAUUCACCUUUAAAUGACAUUUCAAUUAAGUCAUUUUUUUAAAUCUAGGAAAUCUAACAUGCUAAAUGGGAAAAUGCUUCUUGGAGCUAAGCAUAUGCUCCCAUAGAUUAGUAGUAAAAUAUUUGCUGUACCUAAAAUAAUGGCACUUAUUAUUUAGAUUAAUUUGUAAUUUUCUGCUAAAUUUGGAAAGCAGAAUUUUUGAGUUUAGGGAUGAGAGCUGCAGAAUUCAUAAUUUAUUUAGGUAUAAUAUAAAUAACCAUUAAAAUGGGAACAGUUCUACAUGGUGUUGUAUAGGAGAGGUCCCACAAGAAAUUUCCUUUUGUAUUUAACUCUAAUGAAAGCUAUUUCCUGUGAGACAGAAUACAUUUCUACACUAUAUUAGAAAAGUUUCCUCAAGUGGCAUUUGCUGAAGAUUAGAAAAAGUUGCCUUAUUUUAUAACCACUUCCUGCUCUUCAAGAAGGUAGCCAUAGAUUGCAAUACCUGUUGGACAAUCCAUAAAACAAGUCUAAGUGGUACAUUGUAGUUUGACCAUCCUCAUGCCUUAAGCAACUCCCAUCUCAUGUGCAAUCAUAGAAACUGCAAAGGUCUUAAAUCUAAUACUUGAGAAUUAGAUGAGUUAAUGGGUAAAAUACCAUAGUCAAAGUUACUUUAAAAAUUGUAGAGGGAAUGACAAAUCAUGAAUUAUAUUACAAAAUUAUUUGUAAUAUUAAUUACAACAAACAGGUCACCAAAAAGGCUGACAAUACUAAUAUUACAAAAAAAUUAACAGCAAAUCUUCUAGACAGUGUAGCAAUUACAUUCACAGGGUAGCAAUUGCUCUCAGAUUAGGAAUUACUUUCCUAAUUUGAUAGCUAGAAGAGAGAUCAUACAACAUAUCCAGAUGUUUUAAUUCAACUAAUCUGAUACAUAAGAGUUUUUAACCACUAGAACAUUAAUUAUUAAACUAACAACUAAUUAGCAAGGUUUUUUUUUCUGUCCUGGGGAUGGGGAAUGUGAACAAUUUCUUUGUUGUUCAACACUUUGGUUUCAGGUGUUAAUAAAAAUCAGAAGCAUUACUCUGUAAAUAAAUAUUGGAGUUCAAUCCUGUCCCACAAGAAUGGGUGGGACAUGUUUAUGGGAUCAAAUGCAGGCAUGAAACUUAAAGGGAGAGGGAAAUGAAAUAUUGGAUGCAGUGCUGCAUUUUAUCAAACUACUGCAGGAAGUAAGAGUCAGUGUUUUGGAGCUUUAUACAUAUACUAUAUUGACCACUGACCAAUCGCUAUUUUAAAGAUAAUCUUUUUUUAUUUUUAUUAAGAGCGUACUUAGGUUUGACUCAGGUUUUAGACUAUUUCAGUGUAAUCAUAGUUAAUUGGUGCAUUAUCAAUGCAAUGUUUCAUUCUUUAAGAGAAUGUGAAUGUCUAAUUGGCUGAAGACAACCUGGUUUAUUGCAAGUCUUUGGGGGGCAACUGUGUCAUUUUUUUUUAAUUUGACACGAUUUAUAAACAUGGUUUGUAUCCUUUUAGAAUGUCAACUGCAUGUAAAUAAUGUUCCUUUGGUUGUAAAUCUUUAAACGCACAGUAAAUGUAGGAUAUCCUUAAUAAAGAAAUUAAUAUUCUAA